UGGUCUACUCGUUCAAUGGGUGUGGAGGAGAGGCAAGGAGGGAGGGGAGAUAGAGCUAGCCACCGGCACCUUAGCAGACGUUCACAGAAUAAGAGGAGACACGUUUCUAAAUGGAGUGCGCACUGUGAAUCCUACCUGGGAAACCUAGGUGCAGGGAAAAUAUUUUACACUCCCGCUUCAGACUGUGGAGCAACUGGAACUAGUCUGCGACGAAUAAACAUGGCCCCAGAUAUAUUACUCCGUGGAGUCUUGACGUUGUUAUUUGUGACUUCAACCUGCUUUGGAUUUAAUAUUGACGAGCGGUUCCCAGUCAUCAAAGAAGGAAAAACUACAGGCAGUUUAUUUGGAUUCUCCGUAGCUUUGCAUUAUCAGACACAAGGCUUGAAGCAAUACCUCCUCCUAGCAGGAGCCCCUAAGGAGAAGGCUCUGUCGCAGCUGAAGAACGUCAAUGAGACAGGUGCCAUCUACUCCUGCCCCAUCAACACGGAUACCUCUGACUGCUCCAGGAUGGAUCUGGUCAGCUCAACCGACUCCUCUGAGAUGGUGGAGGGCAUGUGGCUGGGCGUGACGGUGGCCAGCCAGAGACAGAAAGGCGGGGGACGUGUGCUGGCGUGUGGUCACCGCUAUGUUAAGAUGGUGGGAGGGGCCCCGGAGGAGCACAGGCGCAUGGUGGGGAAGUGCUACGUCAGGGGGAACGACCUGACCUAUGACCCCACAGACGGGUGGCAGACCUACAACUACCAGGUGUGCAACUCCAACUACAACGAGAACAGCGAGGGCUUGUGCAGCAUGGGCAUGUCCGCAGGCAUCACGGACACCGACGUCUACUUCGGCACCGUGGGCAGCUACACGUGGCAAGGGAAUGUUCACAUCACUUGGAGAGACCAUGAUCUGGACAUCCCCUUGGGCUCAGACUUUGGAGAGCUGACCAACAGAAACAUUUACAUGGGUUAUUCUGUCCACGAGGACAAGAACCUGCUGAGUCGAAUUGAAGACACGGUGGUAACGGGGUCUCCCAGAGACGAGUCCAAGGGCUCCGUGACUCUGGGGAGGAAAGACACAAAACUGGUGCCGGUGCUCGUCAUCCCUGGGGAACAAGUGGGCUCGUACUUCGGGAACAGUCUGGCUGUUGCCGACCUCAACAAUGAUGACUGGAACGACCUGAUCGUAGGCGCACCGUUUUACUUUGACCGCAAGAAGGAGAAAGGAGGAGCAGUGUACGUCUAUAUGAACGAGAACGGAUCCUUCCAGGAGAGCCCGACCCUCGUGCUGACUGGCCCCAGGGGGUCUGGGUUCGGCUUCGCUGUGGCAGCCAUCGGUGAUGUCAACCAAGAUGGUUUCCAAGAUAUUGCUGUUGGGGCACCAUUCCAUGAAAACGGAGAGGUUUACAUAUGGAUGGGAAGCAAGAAAGGAAUUUCAGGGGAAGCCUGUCAGGUGAUUAAGGGGAAGUCAGUGAGCAGUGGGUUUCAGACGUUUGGCUACUCCAUCAAUGGGGGCAUAGACAUGGAUGAGAACAGGUACCCGGACAUCGUAGUGGGUUCCCUGGACGAUCGCAUCGCUCUGCUCAGAGCUCGUCCAGUUAUCCACAUCUCUAAGAACUUCACGGUGCAGCCAAAGAUUGUUGACUCCAAGCAAUGCCCACCAAGGGACAAACCUUGUAUCACAGUGACGGUGUGCUUCUCCUACACGCUCAGCACGGGAAAUAAGGACUUGAAGAAGGAUGUCACUGUGAACUACACGGUGAAGGCGGACAUGGACCGUAGGAGCCCCAGGGUUCGAUUCCUGGUCAACCAGGAUGACUCGUACUCUGACCUCCUGACCUUGCCCUCCCCUACGCCCGUGUGCAGUGUGCUGGAGCUCAUCGUCAUGGAGAACGUGAGGGACAAACUGGAGCCGGUGGUGUUCUCUCUCAGCAUGUCUCUGCAUGAGACCAAACCCAAAGCUAGGCGCUCCCUCCAGAACCUGGACUCCUUCCCCAUCCUGAGCCACAGGCAGAAGGUCACGGAGAGAACUGAGAUCCACUUCCAGAAAGAGUGUGGCAUAGACAACCAAUGCAGCAGUAACCUUCAGCUGAAGGCUGUGUUUGCUAACGAGGUUAAAACACCUUACCCUAGUAAGCAGAACCUGCAGGUUCUUCAGUAUAGCAGUGAUGUCAAGAAGGUGCUGUUGCUGGUGGAGGUGACCAACACACCCAGCCAGGGGAAGGUCGCCGAGGACGCUCACCAGGCCAUGCUGAACAUCACCAUCCCUGACGUGCUGCGCUACUCUGGAGUCAGAUCCCCGGACCUUGAUGUAGAAUGCCGUGCAGAGGAAAUUGUCUUGUGUGAACUAGGGAAUCCAUUGAGAAGUAAUGAGAAGGUUUCACUGAAACUCAUAUUUGAGACUUCGGGUAUUACGCUCUACACACAAGAGAUUGAGUCUCGCUUACAGCUGUCCACGUUGAGUGAACAGAACGACUUGUUCCCUGUACCUGUGGUCCUGCUGAUUGAGAACACCAUCCUGACGUCCUUCUCAAUAGAACAACCCCAGGUUCUGACCCAGUUCAGUGGCGAGGUCAUGGGGGAGUCAGCCAUGAACACCACAAGCGACAUUGGCAGUCUUGUGGAGUACACCUUUAAGGUGAAGGUGUUGGGUCAGCCUCUGGGCAGCAUGGGGAUGCUGGCGCUGGAGUUUGAUUGGCCCUUGGAGGUGACCAAUGGGAAGUGGCUGCUGUACCUGACUGAGAUCAUCACCAAGGGAACGGCAGAGAGCCGUUGUGUGCCUCCUGGGGAUAUUGUCAACUUCCUCAACCUCACUCUGUCCAACAGGAGAAGCAAGCGGCCCAGGAGGGAGGUGGAGGAAGAGGCCUUCCGGCCCCAGAUCCUGGAGCCUCAGGCGGCCAUCACUGUGCUGUCUCCUCGCAAGGAGACCUUCCUGCUGGACUGCUCCCUGAACACGGCUCGCUGUGUGACCUUCAGCUGCCCUCUGACCAACAUGUCCCAGUCUGCCCAGGUCACAGUCAGGUCACGCGUGUGGAACAGCACCAUGCUGGAGGACUAUGCCAAUUCUUUAAGAGUGACAGUGAAGGGGAAGGCCACUCUGAAGCUGAUAACAGACAAACCCACCAUAAAGAUGAAAGAUGAAACCAGAGAGUUUGGCCUGAACAUUGAUCCAGUCCUGGGGGAGGAGACUCCGUACGAGGUCCCCAUGUGGAUCAUCAUCGUUGCCGCGGUAGCCGGGAUCCUGUUGUUGGGGGUCAUCAGCCUGAUCCUGUGGAAGUGUGGCUUCUUCAGGAGGGCCAGCAGGAGGGAGAUGUAUGAGGCCAAAGGCCAGAAGGCUGAGAUGAAGAUCCAGCCCUCUGAGACAGAGAGGCUGACUGAGGACUACUGAGACCAGCAGGCCGCGCACCAGCACAGGCCGCUUGGGCUCCUGGCUUGGCUUCUUCAGACGGGCCAUCUACUACAGGAUCAUGCCAAAGUACAAUGGGGUCAAGAUCCGCCGGGAGGAACGCUACCAGUUAGAGUACCAGUUCAACAUGGGCUUCAUGCCUGAAGACCCACAGAAGAAGUACUGGAUCACCAGCUGGACUGAGAUGCAACAAUACUACUACUGAACCUCUCAACCCCUUCACCUUUGAACCCUGAACUCUUAAACCUGAUGAAAGAGAAGAAUGGGCUUGUCCCAGGUUGGAUUAAAAAAAAAAUAUGGACCAACUGUAAAUAGGUUGAUCGUGGAACUUUUUUCAUUUUGUUAACAAGUCCUAGUACAUUUUCAUCAAAACGUGUUGUCUCUUGUUCUGAGUGCAAUAUGCCAUUGUUCUAUUCUGAGGAUCAGGAUGUUUAAAGUAUUUUGGUGAAAGCAGUGUUGUAUGUUGUUAAAACAUCCCAUAUUGGUUGUAAAUGUUUUCCAUUUGUUGUGUACUGUACUUGUAUGUACUGGAAUUGACAUAUUGGUGUAUAUUUAGUUUUAUUUUAAUUUCUAAAAUGCAUUUUAAGAUCUCAAAUCCUAAUGACAUUUAGAAGCAGCACCAGAUUUUCUCCCAAAAAGGUCAAUCCGUUAAUUUAAAUCAUUUGGGAUUGUAAAUGUCAUUAUUUUCUUCUCCUAGUAUUUACAGUUUUGAUCCAUGUUGGUUGUAGGUAACAAUGUCACACAGACCUAGAAUUAUAUUUUGGGAGAUAUUUUUAGCAAGUUAAACGCUAAACUAGCAAUGGUCAUGCAUUAACCAAUGACAACAGAAUAACAUGAGUGCCUUACAAGUGAUUAGCUCAGUAUUGAUAUCUAAAUGCUUACUGUAAGUCGCUCUGGAUAAGAGCGUCUGCUAAAUGACUAAAUGUAAAUGAUGAUGUUGCUACCACAUGAGAUGCCUGAUAGUAACUCCCAGCCUGGCCGUGAGCUAACGAGCACACGGGGGAAGGCUUGACGGAGACCAAGAGGACAGUGACUGAAGACAGAGGUGAUUACACUCCCACUCCCACCACUGCCGUUGGUUAAUCGAUGGAACACAAUCCUGUACGUAGAAAAGGCAUAGAGAGAGAAUGACAGAACGUUGCCACCUGACACGGAGUGGUCUCAGCAGCUAACGUUGCAGAUGUCCCCUUCUGGAAUCACCCCCAGAGACCUUUUUAGGAAUAGAAUAGCAUAGUCUAGUUAACGUGGUCCAUCGCUUGUCCAACAUGGUGGUGGGAUGGUUGGAGUGCACUUGAAUUGUCUGUGGCCGACAGGAGAUGUGCUUCACUAAAUUAUUAUUUAUUACACUGUACUGUGUGAGUACUGCAGUUACGUACCUGCGUGGCUAGUUACCAUGGUCACCCUGAGGGAGUCGCAACACUGGAUGAAAUAUAAAGACCGUCUGCCAUGAGAUUACAUCAUUUUAGUGCACAGACACUAAAUAUGGUGAUGUUGAAAUCUAAACUCUUGACUCUUUAAAGUAAAGAAAUGUGGAUUUGUAAUUUGAUGACAUUUUGUUAAUUUUGGUUUGGGCUUGGUUUCUAUAUCUAGUUGUAGGUCCCAGAGAAAGACUAGUCUGUUAAUGGGCUUCACUGUACCACUGGAAAUCACUUAGUCCAGUCUUUGUCUGGAAAUCCACUAAGAUAUAUAAUCAUCUUUACAGUUCGUUACCUUGUGUACGAUUGAUACAAGACUGUUUAAAUUAAUAAAUGUUUCCUGAUUUGAAAUGUGCAUUUUUUUUAAUACAAUGCCACACUUUUGUGUUUUGUACGUUUUUGGUGUUUCUCUCUUCACUGUGUUUUCGUAUGUUUGUACAAUUCACGAUGCGACCUUGGAAGUCAUCCUAGAACAACACAAAGCUCUGAACGACAGGCACCAAGCCCAGAUGCCUCGCCUCUCAGGUAGUCACCUGAGCUGCUCUACCUGAGUCACCUGAGCUGCUCUACCUGAGUCACCUGAGGUGCUCUACCUGAGUCACCUGAGGUGCUCUACCUGGGUCACCUGAGCUGCUCUACCUGAGUCACCUGAGGUGCUCUACCUGGGUCACCUGAGGUGUUCUACCUGGGUCACCUGAGGUGCUCUACCUGGGUCACCUGAGGUGUUCUACCUGGGUCACCUGAGGUGCUCUACCUGGUUCACCUGAGGUGUUCUACCUGGGUCACCUGAGCUGCUCUACCUGAGUCACCUGAGGUGUUCUACCUGGGUCACCUGAGCUGCUCUACCUGAGUCACCUGAGGUGUUCUACCUGGGUCACCUGAGGUGUUCUACCUGGGUCACCUGAGGUGUUCUACCUGGGUCACCUGAGCUGCUCUACCUGGGUCACCUGAGGUGUUCUACCUGAGUCACCUGAGGUGUUCUACCUGGGGAGCGUGUCUUUGUAGUCUGCAAGUCUGCACCCUUGGCUCUACAGACCUUUUACUGACUAAAUGAGUUUGGAAGGUGUGUGUGUGUGGGGGGGGGGGGGGGGGCUGCUGCGUCAAGGCACUAGCUCUCCUCUGCUACACUGUGGGUUUCUUUUAUACUGUGCUGUUUCAGUGUAAUUAAACAGUUUCUA